AUGAGCUCCGCAGCGCACCUGCUAGAGGCGCAAUUCAAUCAUAUCGUCCUGCCCGCUCAGCUCCCAAGCAUACGCGACGAGGACCUCACUCACAUCCAGACCGCCAUCACAGACCGUCUGAUUGGCGCCUGCCGCCUCCUUCGGGAGUCGACGACGGUGAACGACUACUUCGACUGGGACAAUCUCACCCGCGCACUCAACGCCGUCAAGACCCUCAACUUCAACAGCAAGAUCGACAAGCAGCCUCUGAUCCAAGAGCUGCGCGAGCUCAAGCCCGAUGCUUUCCUAAUCCUACACAUUGGAGAGCAGAACGCUGGCCUCCUCAUUCGCCGCAUCUACAGCAAUCAUGGCCACGAAGUCGUUUUCGAAGCCUUUGAAGCCUCGCCCCGCUCCGAAGAUGUGCUAGCCACUCAGGCUGCUUUAGAGUGGGACUUCCCAGGCAGCGCUGUCGCCGUGCCGCACUCGACAUUUGCCAACCACGACUUCCAAGACAGCCUCGCCGGCUUUUUGGCCCAAUGUAGCGUCGAGUCCAUCAACAGCUUUGCUGCGCGUGCAUACAAAGCCCGUUCUUCUACCGUCGAGAUCCGCGACACGACCGACCCUGCGAUGAUAUCGUCGCUGCUCAUGACUGUGCUCGAAGCGCACGGUCGCCGCUUCGCCACACCCCUACUGCGCAAACGUGUGCGUGAUGACGUCUGCUGGGGGCGUGGAGCAGAGGUCCCUUGGCGCCGACUACCAUUCUGGCUAGUAUUGCGCGUUGGCCUCGCAAGAUACUUGGCCAUCAAGCACGGUGGCGAGGUCGGCAGACUGCGCUACAAAUUCCUCAUGUGCGCUGCACUCGCGCAGCUACUCCAAGACGCCCUGUGCUACCUCGACCUGCAAAACAUCACCACUUUGAGGGCUAAGCUAGCCCGCCGGCUUGCAAAGCUGGAGAUGGCCAAAGUCCGCGCUUCUCCAGAAACCCGCAUCCACUACGACCUUGCCUUCGCUUCCCUGAAUUCGACGUUCCAGACGGCAUUGCAGGAAGCAAACCAACAUGUCGUCGACGCAUGGGAAGACUUGAAACGCGGCAUCAAGAGACCCAUCAAACCCCUCCCACGCUAUGCGAAUGCAGACAACCUGACGCUCGCCCUACCGAGGUCUCGCCCCACCUUGCACCACAUUUUGAGGAACCCUGAACUUAUGGAUCAGAGGCCCAUGGGCCCGUACAAAUUCAACAUGAACGCUGCCAAUCAGAACAUGAGGCCAUUGGCAAAGCGCUGCAUGUCCUUGAGUCGCUUCGAACUGGAAGUCGAACAGGCUUCUGCCAUCGAUCAGUCGUUACCUCUUGGCAAAAUAUGCAUCGAAGCGUGUGGGAACAUCAACGAUUACUUUGAUAUGGUCUCUUCCACGUACGAUGGUAACCCAGAGCAGAUGAGCAUCAUGAUCCUGACGAUAAUGCAACUGUGGGUCACCUUGGACCGGGCCGCCACAGACAUGUACGGCUUGCUCCUAGCCUUUUCCCCGGGAAUGUCGCCCGACGCCCUUGACGUCCUUCAGCUUCCACGAUUCUCCGACAUGAAGAGAUUGCAGGAUAUCCAGUCCUGGCUUCGCUUCAGACAGGAGAAAAGCAAAUUCACCAACAGAACCAUGUUUGAUUACCCAGACUCCGGCUGUUUCUCAGACCGCUUCUACAACGAGUCGGAUACUCUAGGUCUUCACGAGCUUCGUGAGCGAAUCGAACAUGCCUCCGAAGAAGCUCGCGCUGCAAAAGAACAAGAGUUCAUCACUCUUAGUCAAGAGUAUGAGAAGCUGCAGCAGCGCAUCGCCGAAACGUCGUGUGCCUUCUUUGACGAUGGCUUUCUCAGAGAACACGAUGAUCGGGGCUGCGCAAAAUGCUUUCUGCAAAGGCGAGCGAGGAAGAUGUUCAUAGGAGCGCACGAGCACUUUCUUCCCGAAGACUCUGUACAAGCCAAUGCUGUCGUCUUUGAGCUGGGCUGCGGCCCUGUCUUGGCAGCUUACCGCGAUGCCACUUGGAGAAUCCUUGGGACUCUGGCUCGUUCGCACUUGACACAGCGCCCUGAACCUCGUUUGCUGAUCCAGAAGUAUGGACCCUUGGAGCAAUUCGUAGGCCCGUACGCACCUGGAAUCACGUUGGCAUCCAAGACAAAGUCCUUUCUCGGUACUCAUUACCGCAACGUCUAUUUCCCAGCAACUCUGGACAUCGUCUGUUUGCGCAACCCGCUGCGAUUUGAGUACUUCGACAGCGCGACCAUGUCCUGGCCUGGUUCGGAGCAAGGGACGCCGGCCUUCGCACAUCAUUGUCAGGUGAAGAUUCCCUCCGAAUCUCCUUUCUCUUCGCUUCUGUCACAGCUCCCGUUUGCACCGGAUGGAAAAGGCCCUCAAUCAAACGAAAUCAUCGCCAGCCAAACCCGCUGCCCACGAGGUCUCAGCUCGCAUGAGUACAUGGCCUUCCAGAGCCUGUUCUCCGGGAAGCACUGUAGAUGGCCUGUCAUACUUCUUGAGCUCGCGUCAUCAAACAUGAAUUUCGGCGCAGAAGGGGCUUCCUUGGCUGUUUCCCAGCUCUCGUCGCAAGCCGGCCCGGCUCAUGGAAAUGAUCCCCUUCGAACCAUUCACCAGGUCUUUCGUGACGCUUCGUUUUGCGAAAGGCUACUCGAUCAAAUCCGAACCCGCGUCGAGAUGACGUCCACGAAUUGGAGGGAGACGAAUAGCAUGGGGAUGCUCAUUACUCUGCUCCUACGCUUGAUUGCCUUGGGCUGCCAGGAAUCCGCCCGUGAUGCAUUGGUUUUGCUUGAUCAAGUCCGGCAUGUUACUCAUUCCUGGAUUUGCCAGCUACGCUCAGAAAUCCAAAAGGCGACUGACGCUGAAAGCUCUCGCCGAUGCUCGCGGUAUGCCAUUUGGGCGGCUCUUCUCUGUCGGCGGACUUUCUCACCAUAUUGCGAGGAUAGCCACCACGAGACCCUUUCAUCUGCGGUCCUCCAAUUCUUCGUUGAAUCCUCCAUUACUCUACAGGACAACAUGAUCAGCGACCCAGAAACAUUGCCAACGGUGUUGCAGCAUGCUCUCAUGCGGGACCUCAAGAUGAGCCACCGACUGAAAUCCUUAGUCCGUCGAUCAAUCGAGGAAAACCCCGAAGGCUUGAUCACUGCGAUUGACAACAUCUGGCAGUCUGUGCCGGGAUCAACCUUGAGGACUUGUUCGGACGUAGAGUUUCUCGACGGUUUUGACGAGUGGACAGCCCAGCUCACAUUCGUAGGCGGAGAACAGAGCAGACGACAGACGGUCCAUUACGACAUUCUCGAAGGGCAUCUUCUGAUUGAUAAUCAACCUUUGGGAAGGCUCCCUACCGAGCAUCGCAAUUCGCUGGUCUUACGUGAACUGUUCGGCCAACAGAAUUUGCUGAUCUACCCGUCUGAGCUCUAUGGAAUGGAGUACAAAUUGGCAUUUCCUGAGAACGGCCACCAAAUCCAUAUCGGAUUUCGCAACGAGAAGUUGAUCAUACGCGCUAGGAAGUGGGAUCGUGAGCUUGGAGAGAGGAUCCUCGAACACAUUCCCCGGAGUACUUUCUUCCACAAAACAGAGUACGACCUGCCGGCAGCCCUGGUAGACAACUGUGUUCAUUGGUUGGACCUGACCAAUGGCUUGCUCGACAUCCGUCCAGUCUCUGACAAAUGGAGACGGAGGCCGGGCGACUGGUGCAUCAAUAUGAAGACCCACAUUGCUUCUCGCCGAGGCAGCCGGUUGGUCGAUCCACACAGUCAACUAUUUCGCCAAGUUGCAGCCAUGUUCGAAUACUUUGAACACCCACAGGCGCUGACCGUCUACCAGCCAAGAUCCAGCCCGCUGUCCGUCGAACUGAGGCGCCUGGAACUCGCCUUCUUCGUGAACAGAAGGCGUUGCCUUCAAUGCCGUGAGCUCAGAGCGGAGAUCGAUCCAGAUCAGGAUGCUGGCACCUGGUACGGACUCAACAGCAAGCUGGUUCUUCGUGAUCCAGUCAACGUCCAGAACCGUAGCGUUAUUGUACCCUUGGGGCCGCUCUCGUACCAUCGCAACAAGUUCCACGUGGCAGUCAAGGUUCUGCCGAACGGAAAGUAUGCCAAGUACGCAAUCAACACGGUUCUCGGUCGACUCGAUUGCCCUGCAGAGCCGUGGCUGCUGUACUUCAGAGCUCAGUUGCAUGCAUUCACGUCUGCAAUCCUGCCGGAUCCUCUUACUGGCCGAACUGGUACCGAGGAAGCUUUGCACCUGCUACGUUCCGGAAGCUGUCAGCCAUGGACACCCUUGCAGCAGGGACCGCUAUCAUGUCUUCUCUCGAUAGCUAGCAUUCCGCCAAACAGGGAGUACUACCCUGAAGGUCUGCAGAAAAUGCAGACGGUUCACUGGAAUGUUGAUCUACCGAUCACGAUCCAACGAGACGAAUUCCUUCCGCUGGUGGAAACCAUUUACCGGAGAUCCUGUGAACUGCGCAAAUUCAUUGAUGCAACUGCUGAGGACCCUCCAUUCCGAGAGAUCGACCCGCACUUGCUUCGACGUAGCAUCAACCACAGGCAGCUACAUGAACGCACCAGUGAUGGCGGAGUAGAACAACUCAGCUCGUCGGAUAACACUUAUGUAGCCCGGGACAGACUUCAUCACACGAACCGACGCCAAAACGUGUUCGAUGCCGUCAAGCUCCUGACAAGGUGGUCUCCCCGGCUUCCGACAACUGCGAGACUUGGCUCUAUCCUGCAACAGUGGCCGGUCAUCCAGGGGCAUGGCCAGACAUUUGACCGAAUCCUUUUGAGUGAUCAGUUAGAUCUUCAAUUUGGGCACCACUGGGGUUCUUUGGUCGACUUCUGUCGCAGGGCAUCACAUGAUCAAGUGUACAGUCUCAGCUUCAUGCUCGGUACGCUGUCUUUCAAGCACAAUGCGAACAUGGAAGUAGUUCGCACCCUUGUUGCUUUCGCGAUAUCGGAACGGUUGAAAAGGUUGGAGCCUCCCAAAUGGCUCUCCUACUCUCAGUUUCACAAAGGCGACAUCCCUACUGUAGCUUACCUCGUGGGGCUCAUUCGACCUUUUGCCUCAGCUUACACUGAUAUUCAUCGCUCCGAAAGCGAUGCCAGGUAUUCAGGGAAAAUUCGGAGGAAGCUGCAGCUGGAGAGGGAAGCCCACGAGGACAAGGUAGAGAAGCAGUGCGAAGCCUUCGCCAAUAUUCUCUUCGAGCAGUGGCCUUGUGCCGAACCGACUCUUGCUGAGCUGUCACUGGAAUCCUUUCCCUUACUGAGAGCUGCUCAGGCUUUCGAGAUCAUCAAGCCGGAGUGGCUGCGGCUUUUUCAGAAUUUUGAGUUGUAUCACUACGUCAAGCAGGUGCAGGAGAUCCUCGAUCACAACAAGGCCCAUGUCUCCACGCAGAUGGAAUUCCCUUCCGAAGACGCGCAAGUCUUUUCCCUUGGCCAUCGUGGCGAUGAAAUCCCUUCGCUUUCCAAAGACCUGCUGCGCAAGUCUGUUCGCCCCACACCAAAGAGGAAACUGGAUGAGCUCACUUCCUCGCCGCGAAUUGCGGAGAGCAGCUUUGAGUCACCACAGUCUUUCCGUGCAGGCAACGAGGAUAUCCACAGAGCCCUCGAGCACCCGCAACAAGCAGAAAAAUCUUCUAGAACAGUCCAGGAAGUAGCAGAUCUCGAGCAGAUCGUUGAAGCUCUGUCAAAGUCAGCAUCUACAGUAAGGCAGCAAUACGCGCGCGACCUGAAGCAAAGCAUCGACUCGCUAAAGUCAUUGAGCAUCGACACUUUGCAGCCGAAUGAUGCGACCCUUCAGAUCCACCUUGUUGCAGCUACUUUACAAGCUCGCCAGCAAAUGCAAGAUCGACUCGAUUCAGUCUUGUGUAGCCUGGAGCGGGAUGAUCCACGAGCAAAGUGGCUGAAAGCAGGCGGCCUGUGGCCUUGUGCCACCACGGUAACGCUCCUAGAGCAGAUUCGCUCCAUCUCGUCCACAGCCUUCGGCCCAGGCAUGAAGGAGAGCCUUGUGGAGUUCGCAAUCUCCAUUACGCAUCUCCAACGGGCCUUGCGUUUGCAGGAUGCUUCCUUGAAGGACAAGAAGGAAAGGUUGGAGGAAGAGCAAGCUCAUUCGGGGCAUACAAAUUGGCAACCACUUAGAAACACCGAUUGGCUACUGCUCGAAAUCGAUUCCAACAUCCUCAUUCGGCCAGGACAGGUUGAUGUCGCGCUUGCAACCAUUUCGCCAGGUUCCGGAGCCAAUUCUGUUCUUCAGAUGAACAUGGGGCAAGGGAAGACGUCGUGUAUUAUACCCAUGGUUGCUGCAGCGCUUGCAGAUACAAAAAAGCUUGUGCGCAUCAUCGUCCCGAACGCGCUACUUCUACAGACAGCCCAGUUGCUACAUGGAAGGCUCGGGGGGCUCUUGGGCCGCCAGAUCCGGCAUGUUCCCUAUUCGCGCAAGACUCAAACCGUUCCGGAGGUUACGGCAGCAUUCUGGCAAAUUCAUAAGGAGGUGAUGAGGGACGCUGGAAUUAUGAUCGCUCUUCCGGAACAUACAAUGUCGUUCAUGCUCAGCGGCUUACAGCGCCUGUCAGACAACCGCAUUCCUGAAGCGGCUCCUAUGGUCAAAGUCCAGGCAUGGAUGCGCAAGGUCUGCCGCGAUGUACUUGACGAGUCAGACUUCACCCUUGCAGUUCGUACCCAGCUCAUCUACCCAUCUGGGCAACAAACCUCCGUUGAUGGACAUCCUCACCGAUGGGAGACAGCAGAAGCUCUGCUUAAGCUGGUGGAGACUCACAUCUGGAACUUGCAUCGCGAUUUCCCUCGUAGCAUUGAGGUCAUCACGAGAUCAGCGGGGGGAUUCCCUCUUUUCUUCCUUCUGAGAAAAGACGUGGAGCAGGCAUUGAUUACCCACAUAGUGGACGAUGUCGUCGGCGGUAAGACGCCAAUCUUGCCGUGCCAAGAUUGUCCUGCAACGGAUAGGCAAGUCAUCCGGAGAUACCUCACGGAUUCCUCUGUCGAUCAAGCAACCUUGGACCGAGUCAAGAAAAUGUUCACAGACACGCCCAUCGCCCGGCAAAACCUCCACCACAUGAGAGGUCUUUUGGUUCACAGGCUUCUUCUGCUCACACUCAAAAAGCGCUGGUCGGUGGAGUAUGGUCUCCAUCCUACUCGGGAUCCAAUUGCUGUCCCAUACCAUGCGAAAGGUGUUCCCUCGGACCAGGCCGAAUGGGGUCAUCCCGACGUCGCCAUCUUGUUCACCUGCCUUUCCUUUUACUACCAAGGCCUUUCGCUCUCUCAGAUGCAACAGUGUCUGGAGAGCGUGGUAAAAUCAGAUGAUCCAUCAGCCGAAUAUGAUGGCUGGAUGCACAGCGGGCCCAACAUCCCCGGUUCACUGAGGGAAUGGAAUGUCAUCAACGUAGACGACGAGACCCAACUGCAUGAGCUUUGGCAGCAUCUGCGGUACAGUAUCGUCGUGGCAAACUACUGCCUCAACCAUUUUGUUUUCCCUACCCACGCGAAGCAGUUUAAGAUCAAACUGCAGUCCUCUGGGUGGGACAUCCCGCUGAUGACUUCGCCGGACGGGAUGCCCUCACGUCACAAACCAUUGACAACGGGAUUCAGUGGAACGAAUGACAACCGAACAAUGCUACCGUUGACGAUAAGGCAGCAAGACCUUCCUGGUCUCUCUCACACCAACGCCGAAGUCAUUACGUACUUGCUGCAGCGACGCAAUCGACGUUACAUCCUUGCUGCCGAUGAACGUGGCAGGCGCAUCCCUGAGAUGACGUUUCUGCAGAACCUUCGCACGCUCGGAAUCUGCAUCCUGAUUGACGCUGGGGCUCAGAUUUUGGAAAUGGACAAUUUCACUCUCGCGAAGAGCUGGCUGCGUAUCGAUACCAAGGCGAAAGCGGCUCUUUUCUUCAAAGAAAACCGGCCGUUCAUUCUCUACCGCAACGGCACUUUGGUCCCACUGCUUGCAAGCCCGUUUGCUGAGGAUUUGAGCGAGUGUCUCAUUUACCUUGACGAAGCGCAUACCCGUGGUACGGAUUUGAAGAUGCCGAUAGAUGCCGUAGGCGCACUCACUCUAGGUCUUGGCCAGACCAAGGAUCAUACUGUACAAGCUGCGAUGAGGCUCCGACAGCUGGCUACCACGCAGUCGGUGGUGUUCUUCGCCACUCCUGAAGUCCAUCAAAACAUCCUGGAUCAACGGCACGCAGACCAACAGGGAAAGCCAGUCGAUUCCUACGACGUCGUUUGUUGGCUUCUGGAGCAGACCUGCGCCGGUCUCGAGCAACUUCAGCCGCUGUACUACUCUCAAGGCGUUGACUUCUGUCGCAGAUCCCAGGCGCAAAUCGACAAUCCGGACAUCCUCACUAAUAUGGCGCAGCGCCAAAACUACCUGAAAGAGCUCCGUCAGGUGGAGCAUCAAACGCUAGAGCAGAUGUAUAAGCCCAAGACGAAGGCCAAGGCCUCCAACCCUUCGUGGUCAUUCUCUCCGCAGCUCGCAAGCCUGAUGAAAGAGCUCGACAUCAGACGCAAAGGAUUCCAGGAUGACGGAAACGCCGUCCAUGCGUCAGCUCUUCAAGAAGUCGAGCAAGAAAGAGAGGUUGCAAACGAGGUGGAGAGCGUCCGUGAAGUCCAGAAGCCGGUGAUCUUCUCACCCAUCAAAUUCUCCAGCCUUCACAAGGACAUUGCCAGCUUCGCAAAGUCCGGCAGACUUGUAAGCGGUUCUUUCGGCUACGAACAUAUGUUCAUGUGCCUUCGCGGCACGGCUCUCGGAUGCAAGCAUCGCAUCAACAGCAAGAUCAUCACAUCCAGACUAUUCGUGUCGAGGGAAUUCGCCAAGACGGUGGAACUCCGUCGCCAGAACGACAACUUCCUCCGCCAAGUCAGCUGGGUGCUCUGGAGCACGGAAACCGACACGGCCAUGGUCGUCGUCCCCGAAGAAGUGGAGCUGCUCAUCCCGCUCCUCCGCGAAUCCAAGAAGCCCGUCACCCACCUCCUCAGCUACGCGCCGCCCGUCACCCGCAAGAUGACCCACUUCAACGACCUCACCUACUACUCGAUCCCGCCCAUGCCGCGCGACUGGACGGCCCCCGCAUGGCUGCGCACCGAGCUGGGCCUCUUCGCCGGCCGGCUGUACUUCGAGUACGACGAAUACGCGGGCAUGAUGAAGUACCUCGGCCUCAGUCAAGACGACGACGACGACAACGACGACGACGAGCCCGCAGGACCUGUCGACGAGCCGACGCAACCAGCCGGUCGCGGCGACGACGGUAAGGAAUCCGAUGGCGUCGUCAGGACGAAGGCCGCUCAUGCCGCCGUUCCCUUCACGGCCAAACCUCUUACCUUCAUCCGCGAGUGGCUCGCCGCCCGCCGCAAGGGCCAGGACUUUGCGCACACGCCCAUGGGCUUCGUUUGCCAGGGCAAGCCGCUGGCUGCUGAUCAUCCGUUCUUUGCCAAGGCUGUUGAUGGGCCGGUGCUACCGGCGGCCCUGGGCCAGGUGAGGGGUGGCAAUGGGAGUGUGGGUGCUGCUGCCGAGGACGAUGAGGAUGAUGACUUUGACGAUGCGGAGGAAGAUUUGUGGUUUGAUGCCGACGAGGAUGGGAUCUUGGAGGAAGGUGAGGGUGGGGAGAUGGAUGUGGAUGAGGGUGAGAAGGGGGUGCAUGGGGAUGUGGACAUGGCUGAGUAG